GCCACCAGCAAGCGGGCUCGGGGGAGGAGGGGACCUUUGACCCGGCGGAGGAAGGCUGGGACGCGACCGCCGGCAUAAAACGGGAGCCUGUCUCCCGGAGUCACAACAGAAUUGCACGGGGACGGGAAGGUCCCUGUCGCUCAGAACCGCCAGAAAUCUAGCGGAAUGGAGAUCCUGCAAGGAGAGGUUUAAAGAAGCAGCCACAUCAGACUGGUAGGUGGGGCAGAGGCGAGGAAUCGGCUGGCCCCACACCUUCGUGUGGUGGGUCAAAAUUGGAGGGCUCUCUCGCUGCUGAGGUCCCCCCGGAGGAGAGAGGGGUCCCAGCCCCACACCAGGCCCGCAGCCCAGGGUUCUAGUGCCGGGAGGAGAAGGCUCCGUCACUUGCGGCUGUAAAAACCAGCGGGACUUGGGGCCGAGGAAGACAGAAAGGCUGCUCGAGUCGGGGGCUGUCGCGCUUAAAGAGCCGGCGCUCGGACUGAAUCGGACUCACUUGCUCUGAGUUCCAGCACCGGGAGAGUAGCUCGAAGGGCACUAGGGACAUUUGAGAAGGAACUGAAUUGUCGGCCAUCAGGAGGAGAGCUGGAGCAGGGUAGCUCUCUCCCGGACAAAAGUGCUGGCAGACGCCAUUGUUCUUUGACGAGCCCUUCCUCCACGGAGCUGGCUGGCGGGCGCCAUAUCUGAUUCUCCGCCCCACCCAAUUUCAGGCCUCCCCAAGCUGUUUCCAGUGGCUCUUUCAUAAGAGUGGCCUGUCUCUACUUCAGACUUUGCUAAAAUCUCUCAAGCAGGCAGCAUCUGGCCUCAGCGUGCCUGGUUCCUCUUGCUAAGUGGCCCCAGGCCCGGCACUGGCAGCAGCCAGCAGCCAGCUGUGGUGUGCAGCUUGGCCUCUCCUGGGCACCUCCGGGCUCAGCACAAAUAGCAGCCACCUGCAGGGUGCUUUGUAGCACCAGCCGGACGCCCUUGGGCAGAACACAGGCAAGCAGCUGACCUUGGCCCGCACCUCCCCAGAGACCCCAGAGCCAGUGCACCUGGUGGACAGCCUCAGACCACGUCAAAGCACCCUGCAACCUCCUCCGCAGGACACGCUCAAGGGGUGAACUCAGUGGGCACCAGAGCCCUGCUGAAGUAAGUCCUGCUCUGCCGGCGGGCCCUGCACAGCUGGUCUUAUUUGGUGGUCACAGGCAGUCCUUGCAGCCAGUCGCCUGGGGGUGAAUCCUCCCCUUUGCUGUACCUACAGCAGUCAAGGCUCCACAACAGGAGGGUGUGCACAGCCCACACGAGGUGGGGGGUGCGCAACUGAAGAGCCCAGCUUGGGUGACUGAGGAGACUGUGCCACUGGACUCUACAGGACACCUACGACAUUAGGCCACUCUCCCAAGUCCAGGAGACGUAGCAGCCCAACCUAAGACUUUGAAACAAUCACAGAGCGGCUGCCAACUUGUAGAAACAAACAUGACCGAGAGGAAAGAACAGAACAUGGCUCCGGAAAAAGAACUCAGCAUCAUGGAGAGAAGAAGUCUACUAGAUGCAGAGUUCAAAACACUGGUUAUAAGUAUGCUCAAUGAACUUCGCGGAAGAGUGGAUGAACUUCGCGAGAACUUCAACAGCAUAAAAAAGGACAUGGAAGCCAUAAAGAAGACCCAGAACACGGGGGCCCCUGGUCAAGGCCUCGCCCCUGCUGUGCAACCUGGGGCACCGUCCUCGGAGGACGCGAUGGCCCAAGAAGGGGUGAGUGGCUCUUCCCCAGGCCAGCUAGGGGCCUUGGCCCUCGGAGGGCAGCAGUCAGCUUCCAACAAGCUCCUGGCCUGGAACGGGGUCCUCGAGUGGCACAAGAAGCCCAAACCCGGCUAUGUGGACCCCAGCACCAGGGUGAUGCGGUCACUGCCUUGCCAAGUCUUCGUGAAGCACAGCGAGAACUUGAAAACAGAGCUGUGGCCCCAGAAGCUAUACAUGCAUCUCUUUCCCCAGCAGCUGCUGGCCACGCUGGGCCCUGUGUUCCGGAACUCGAGGAUGGUCCAGUUCCAUUUCACCGAGAAGGACCUGGAGUGCCACCGAGACCUCUACCGUGUCUUGCGCAACGGCUUCGUGGGCUGCGUGCACUUCCCCCGCACGUCCCCCUGUGAAGUGCGCGUGCUUAUGCUCCAGUACUCGUCCAAGAAGAGGAUCUUCGUGGGCUUCAUCCCCAAUGAUCAGAAGGCCUUCGUCACCGGUCUCCGCCAGGCCAUCAUCAACUACAAGCAGGUUCAGCAGCAGAAGCUGGAGCAGCAGAGCGGGAUGGGGGCGUAGAAGGCACCCUGUCCUGCUCGGGGCUGGCGCCUAUUCUGGAGGACCAGGCCAGGACCUCGCGGAAUCUGCUCCAGCUCUGCCCCGCAGCAGCCUGAGCCUCAGGGUGCUGUGGCGGCCUCUGAGGUGACAUGGCAACCCCAGCCCCCGGGUCCUGGUCAGGCACUGGCCAAAGCCCUCCUGGAGCUGCUCCUGAAACGCCCCCUCCCGGACCUAUCCUGCUGCCCCAGAACCCUGGGGCCAGCCACCGCCUGCGGAGCUGCCUCUUCAGCCCCCUGCUGCCCCAGACCAGGGUGCCCCCACCGCAGGCCUCCCUCCGCCACCUCCAGCCACCUGGCUGCCCUUGCCGCACCUGGGCCUCCUCCAUUUGGAGGGAGUCAGGGUGAGUGCGUUCCAGACCCCUAAGCGUAGGAGCACCUGACUUUGCAGUGGAGCCCCCGGUACAAGCUGUGCAGGCCAGGAAUGGGUGGGUGGCGGGUGCAGGAGGGGGCCCCAGCUGGGUGUUUAUACUCUUACUUGUCAAAACUCAGAACUGUAUAUAGCAAAGAAGGUAAAAUGUACUGUGUAUAAAUUUUCAAAGGAAAAUGUAUAAAGCACUUAAAAAAGGAGCUUGAUGGUGGAAGAGCACUGUCAGGUAAGGUAGAACAGCCCUUGCAAAGACCUGGGGCGGGAAGUGCUUGUUCUGGGGGUGCCCUCUACCCCCACCAGUCUUGGGCCACCACUUACUCACUACUGGCCAGGUAAAGGGGCCAUCGCCUGAAGGAGCCUCUACGCCUGCCACAUUGGUGGCCACGUGGCACUGAACCCCCCGUUACUCUGGACUCAACUGAGGGCGCAAGCAGCGGAUCCCUCCGCAGCACCCAUGAGGCGCCAAGUUGGGAUUCGGCACCUGCCCAGAUUCUGCAGAGCAGUGAAGAAGCAUGUGUGUGUUUCAUUAUACUGCCAUGAGCAGAGAAGUCUUUGAAAACUGGUGGCACGAGUAUGAGUGGAAUAUGUGCACCACCUCUCUGCUCAUGUCUACCUUCCAUAAAUAGGCUGGGGGAUGAUGGCGAUGGUGGUCACCCCUACGUGGGGGCCCCGCCUGGUACCCCGCCAACAGUGGUGGUGAUGCACUCUCUGUCCCAGGGGGGUGCACCCUGGGUCCCGACUGAGUGGUCGCGCCCGCCCCCCCCCCCUUUUCCUCCCUGGCACCUGUCCUGGGACUUUGGGUCCAAGGAAGCCCCAGUACUAAAAGGACUCUGCCUCUGUUCUCCCUCCUUCCAGCACAGGGACAAACCAGAGCCACUGGGGGAUGGCGGAGACCUCUCCGCACUGGGUCCCUCUUGGCUGCCAGGCAAGGCCAGGACUGGGAGCUGAUGUCACUGCCCCGAGUGGGAGCCCAGGCAGGGCUGCUGCUCACUGAAACCUCCCACUCCCUCUUCUCCUUUUUACUUUUGUUCCUUUCCUUUCCCUUCCCCUCCUCCCUCUUUCCCUUCCCUUCUUCUUAGUUCCCACAGUUUAGCUCUUUUAAGAAAAUUAAAUUUUUGAGUAGGAAAUAGAUUAACAUAAUUCAGCUAUUUUUUCAACUAUUUAAAGGUAUACAGUAAAAGUCUUCAUCCCAGAAAAAUAUCAAAUUCCCAAAUUGAGCUACGUUCCAUAAAAUACCUGACCUGUCCUUAAAAACUAUCAAGAUCGUGCGAACAAGGAAAACCUUAGAAGCUAUCGUGAAAGAGGGAGCCCAGGGAGACAUGGCCACCACAUGUGAUGUCAGUCCUGGAGCAGGAAAGGACAUUUGGGAAACUAAGGAAAUCCGAAUCAGGACGGACUUCAGUCAAUAACCUAUCAGAGCUGGUUCGUUAAUUGUAACAAAGGUACCACACUCACCUACGAUGUUAAUAAUAAUCCCUUAUUAUUAUUAAGCUGGGGGUGGGCUUUAUGGGAACUCUAUCUUUGCAAUUUCUCUGUAAGUCUUGUUAAAAUAAUAAAGUUUACUUAAAAAAGUCUAUCCUCCUGUG